AUGGCCUGGUGGUGGAAGGGGAUGAGAGCGAUAGACGGUCGCGGGAGGCUGAAGGUCGUCGUGAUUGACUUGGCCAAGUGGGCCGCUGCGAGCACGGCAGUGUAUGAUCAGGUCUUGCCUCAACACUGGGUGGACGACAGCAUCACCGACGUGAGUGUUAACAGUGGGCGGGCGUAUGGUGACGACAGGAUCGGGAGGGAGAACAAACAUCGGAUUCAUGAUCCCCCAUUCAAAGAAUGGGAGAUGCACGAAUUUGAGGUAGGGCCCGAUGUUAGGCGGGGAGCGGUAGGCAACAGCGGGCCUCAUAGUGGUCAUACAGCCAGAAUUUUGGGCGCGUUCCUCCAAGGCGCGCAGUGGUUGUCCUCGUCGUCAGCCGUCGGCAUCCCGACUUUCCUCCUGCUAUCCCGCUCGAUCCCUCCCGCCCUUUCCCGCCCCCACACACCCUCGACUGUCCCCCACAGCCCAGCCCUACUCUCCUGCAUGGCCCUGCACCGUUUUAGAGCCCUGCUGCUGGGUGGGUCGGAAUGGGGGGCCCUCAUUCAUAUACACUGUCAUGAUUCGUUCAAUUUAGCGCAAAAUAGAGUCAUCAUCGCCUUCAAGCCCUUACAUAUCACAUUUGCUCAGCGAGUCUCUCUUACAAUCCUGCUCGAAAUUCUCGGUUCCGGAAUCUUUUUGUCAGCUAUCAGGAAUGUUGGUCCCCGUCCUGUGCUAUGGUCUCUCUUGGCUGCUGCUGUCGCUCCUGAGGUGCAACUAGGAAACACCAGGCUCAUUGGAAGAGUCUUUGGAAGUCAGUCAACAACGCAUAACGAGGCUCAAAGAAUUUUAGGCUUCCCUGUUUACAGGGUGCAAGUUGUUCCUGACGCGUCUGACAAUCCAUCCUUGGGGUCCCCAUAUGGCAUCGGAAAAGAAACCUUUGGGUUACCGUCAGGCUUUAAGAGGGCGUUUGUGAUGGACGUUUGCCAGUUCCCCGUGGAUCAGAGAUACUCUUUCAUCCACGGAGCACUGAGUUCCCCCACUGAACUUGAGUCUUCGAUCUUGCUGAGUGAAAUGAUGAUCGGCUACUGGAUUUCUUUUGCUACGAACUUGGAUCCCAAUGACUCGGAUGGCUUAGGAGGGUCUCCAAUUGUCAGGUCCUUUCUGACCAAAGUACACGUCAGAGAAUUAGGGUUGGGAUACACCCUAGAUUCGCGGCUUGGAGUGAUGCUGCCAGGCUUGGAUGAAAAGGUGUUCAUAAUAUCCUUGUUGAUGGAGAAAAGAACUGCAUUAGGAUCAUUACAGCUGGACAUCUGCAAUCAGCAUUACUCUCCGGGCCAAGACAAAGAAUACACGUGUGCCUGCGGGAAGCAGGUAGUCGAUGCCGCCGGUACACCAUCCCUUCGUGUCCAUUCUACGUAA